AUGUCGUCCUUUUUUACUUUGCCUGCGUCGCAGAAGAAGCGGAAACGUACGGAAAAUGCUUCCUCAAAGCCGCAUCCUUCCUCAAAAUCCCGCAAAACGCGCGACGAAUCCAUCAGCGGCAGCGAAGAUGGCUCCGACGAUGAAGUCCCAUCCGGUGCAAGAGAAGACGCCUCUAUAACCGCUUCCGACACCGAAGACGAGGACUUUCCCGAUGAAGACCCUGCCGCAAAGCGUAUACGACUGGCAUCGCAGUACCUGGCCAACACGCAGAAAGCCAUCCUUGCUGAGGAGAACCAAGUCGGCUUCGAUGCGAAAGAUGUCGACCAAGAAAAUUUGCGGCGUCGAAUGGGCGACAGGCUGAAAGAAGAUACGGCAGAAACAAAAGGAAGACUCUACAGAUGGAUUGCAGACGACUUUGCUUGGGACAAGGCCAGCAAGGCGCAAUUUCGCCAUCAUCAAAAGGCCGUCACUGGUGUGGCUGUCAGCGGCGAGUGGGCAUACACAGCAGGUAAAGACGGGAUUGUGGUCAAGUGGCGACUUCCUUCCCCUCUCUCCGAAUCAGAUGUGAGGAAAUCACGGAAACCGCAGCGAGUCCUCAUCAGCAGACCCUUCGGCAAGGAUAAUGAUUCAAAGUAUGGCAAUCACCACUCUGGACCGAUCCGCUGCAUUGCAGCUUCGCAGGAUGGGAAGUUCGUUGCAACAGGUGGGCAGGACAAGAAGCUCAUCGUAUGKGAUACUGCUACUCUCAAGGUUCUUAAGGUGUUCCCACAACACAGAGAUGCCGUUGUAUCUCUUUCCUUCCGCAGAGGGACGAAUCAACUCUUCUCUGCAUCCCGAGACCGGACGGUCAAGAUCUGGAGUCUGGAUGAGCUGGCGUAUGUGGAAACGCUGUUUGGUCAUCAAGACGAAGUGGUGGAUGUUGGGUGUCUAGCGCAGGAGAUAUGCAUCACAGUAGGCGCACGAGACCGAACAGCACGAUUGUGGAAAGUUGUUGAAGAAACACAACUUGUAUUCAGAGGAGGCGGUGCGCCUAGAAGAGUCAAUCCCUACGACAAUCGGCCGGUCUCACACGAGGGCAGUCUAGACCGGGUGGCAUGCAUAGAUGACGAACUUUUUGUCACAGGAUCCGACAAUGGGAGUAUAGCGCUCUGGAACAUUCACAAGAAGAAAGCCGUGCACGUCUAUCCUUUGGCGCAUGGCGUAGACGAACCGCCGCCGCUGGAGGAUGUCUCGCCCGAGGAAGUUCCCGAGGAGAAGGAAAGGGGGAAACCGAUGGCUAGAUGGGUCACUGCUUUGCAGGCGAUCCCUUUCUCCGACAUCUUUGUUAGUGGAAGCUGGGAUGGAUAUGUGCGGAUAUGGAAGGUUAGCAAGGACAAGAGACGGAUCGAGCCUCUAGGACGAGUUGGUUGCAGUGAUUUGACAGAUGCUGUCAUCGGUGCUGAGGAUCUCACGAUGGAAGAUCUCAAAAGAGAGGCGGCAGCAGCAGAGGCUUCGACAAAUGGUGAUGGCGUGGCAGGAGAGGGUCACAUUCAUGGCACAAUCAACGAUCUCGCAAUUGUGGACGUUGGUGAACGUGCAAAGCAUGGUGUGGUGGUUCUUGCGGCUGUAGGAAAAGAUCAUCGACUGGGACGGUGGAAGGAGGACAAGCAAGCGAAGAACUCUGCGGUGCUGUUUGAGGUACCGAGAGUGGCACUUGAAAGUGAGGAGGUCGAGGCACCUGUUGAGGAGGAGGACGUGGAAGAUGGGGAAUUUGCUGGGUUUGAUUGA